ACCUAAAACGAGAAAACCGAAACCGAAAAAGAAAAUGUUCACAUUGUCCUGCGUUCCUGUACAUCUGUGUUUCAUUAUGCGGCAAGGUCUCAUUUUGCGAACAUAUCGAGCAACGCGCUGACAGCCUGUAGUGCAAAACGUGUUUUCAGAGUUGCUAAUUGUGAGGGAAAGAAACACACAUUAAGAGACCACAGGUUCACAUUAGGUUCAUCAUGGCUCCACAUCCCAUAAUCCAGGCAAUUAUCGACUUCUCUGCUGGAGCAGUCGGUGGUACAGCUUGCGUGCUGAGCGGUCAGCCUUUUGACACCACAAAGGUAAAGAUGCAGACGUUCCCCACCAUGUACCGCGGCUUCAUCCACUGCUUCACAUCCACCUUCAGGCAGGUGGGCAUAGGUGGUCUCUACAGAGGCGCAACCCCGGCCCUCAUAGCCAACAUCAGUGAGAACGCUGUGCUCUUCUUGAGUUAUGGUCUCUGCCAGGAUGUGAUACGCAUUGUGUCCAGGAUGGAUAAAGGAGCCCAUCUCAGUGAUAUUCAGAAGGCAUCUGCAGGGUCUUUAGCCUCCAUCUUCUCCUCCUUGGCAAUUUGCCCCACCGAGCUGGUGAAAUGUCGCCUGCAGGCCAUGCACGAAAUGGAAGCAUCUGGCAAGAUCGCAGUUGGACAAGGAAGCACAGUGUGGACGGUAGUGAAGACAGUGUUGAAGACAAACGGCCCCCUGGGUUUCUACCAAGGCCUGACAUCCACCAUAGUGAGGGAGAUACCCGGUUACUUCUGCUUCUUUGGGGCCUAUGAAAUGUGUCGGACUAAAUUUGCACAUUACAUGGGCACGGACAAGGAAAGUAUAGGUAUUCUUCCACUCAUGUUCAGCGGUGGAUUUGGGGGAGCUUGUCUGUGGAUUACGGUCUAUCCCAUCGACUGUGUUAAGUCCAGGAUCCAGGUGUACUCUUUAGCUGGGACGCAAAAGGGCUUCAUGAAGACCUUCAUGGGUAUCAUACGCACUGAGGGGUUCACUGCUCUGUACUCGGGCCUGACUCCUACCAUGAUACGCACCUUCCCUGCCAACGGAGCCCUCUUCCUGGGUUAUGAGUUUAGUCGCCAGUUUAUGAUGGAUGCAGCUGGUAACUAAUGUGGAGGAUCUUUACACCUGAAGAAAGUAUUGUGCUCAAUCCUCUUCUUCUGUUUGUGUUUGAUUAGAUGUGAUUUAAAAGAUUCUACAAAUAUUGGUCUUUUUGGUAUGGCUGUAUUCAAAUAUCUUGCGCAUGAGCACAUGUUGUACUGUGCCAGUCACAGUCCAUAAGUCCAUAAGUGUAAUACUUUACCUGUGAAUAUAUUUCAGCAGGAUCGAUGAUGCCUGGGUGGCACCUCACCACACAUUGCUCAGUUAGCGUUUAUAAAAUGUUUUGUUUUUCAGAUAAACUUUAAAUUCAUAUUAAACAUUUUUUUAAAGAAAGUGAAGCUUAAAAAAUCUGAGUCACAAUCAAAUUAUAGAAACAUGUGAAAUGACUACCAAUGAAAUGGAGUUCCGUAACAGCAACAAUUAAUAAGAAAACUGGGAGGAAGUGAAACAUUCUUAUUUUGGGAAUCAUUUCGAAAGAAAUUGCUACUGCUAGGAAUGUUUGAGUAGUCUUACAUGAUGCAAUAAAUCACAUAUUUAGCCAGAUUUCUUUUUUGGUUUGUACAAACAAAAUCCUGUAACUAACAAAAUGAUCAUGAUUGCUUUUCAAACUAAUAAAAUUAUAUGACAAAAGAUAUGUUACAAAAAGGCAAA